AUGGACUCCAAAACUCCCCUUGAAAGAUGGAAGUCACUGUUGACUGUGUUGCCCCAGAGAUCAGAGGUCUUAAAGUUUUUCCACUACUAUAAAGUCACAGCUUAUCCAUUUAAUCCGAUUCUCGCCGAGAUAGACCGCUUUGAGACUGACCUUUGCACAUAUCUCAAUGCCCACGCGACGGGCCAACUGCGCGACCCGAAGAGAAUCACCGAUCGUUGGGCAACCGACAAGUCCAUUGGCCACGUGAGCCUUCUACUAGCUACAUUAGCAGCAGGGGCACAUUAUUCCGAUCUUGAAUAUCCACAACGACUCGAACUAUCAAUAGAUUUUGCUCGUCGAUCGUUCCAUGCUCUUCGCUUGGCCAACUUCCUAUUUCGGCCAUCACUUGAUAUUGUUCAAGCGCUACUAAUUCUGGGAAAUACGCUGCAGAACAUGGGUCAGUCUGAUGCCGCCUGGGCCUUGCUUGGGACGACUGUUCGAUUAGCUCAGACUAUGGGGCUGCACACUGAAAGAAGUACCAUUCAUUGGCCUGAGAAUGUGAGGAACAAGGCGAGGACUCUUUGGUCGACGGUGGUCUGGCAAGACAGUUUACUAUGUCUUUGCUAUGACCGACCACCUAUUGUUUCCAUCACGGGGUGGUCUCUGCCCAAAUCCUUCUAUGAGAGACAAGAUCUGUCCUACACGGAAGUCAUGCACUCUAUCUGUCUUCUUGGCCUGGACAUUAUGCGACCGGAUGAUCUUGGGGUCGUUGAGAGUGAUCGAGCAUUGGAAGGGCUGCAGCGGCUCGACGAUGCUCAACAACGCGGCCUGCCUUACCUUCGAUCACGAGCAAAUUGCACAACACUCCAACAGAAUCUCGAGCAUCUAGCUCUCAGAAUGCAUACUUCUUUCUGUGUGUCGGUCCUUUGCCGACCGGCAAUGAAGCAGGCCACGUCAGAGGCCCUCGUUCCCCACGCUGAUUUUCUUCGAGCUCGCGCCAAGGGAGGUUUGAUGGAUGCAGCAAAGGCUUUUCUUGAUUUUCAAGCUCUCAGUAUUGUUCCAUUGCGGAGCUGGUCAAUGGUACAUACUGUGCUAAGCUCGACUUUACUGCUUUGUAUCUGGGAAGAGACUCGCAACGACCCCGAAUGUCGCAGUCUUCAACAGAGAGUCAUUGACGUGUUCUCAUCAACAGAUUCAAGAACCUCUGAUGAUGGAGUUUCCAUGAAUGAAGGUGAUGGCCAGUGGCUGUCAGCGCGUCACAUCCGAGCUCUGGUGACUUUACGAAGCGCACUGGAACGGGAGGAAGAGGCGGGUGCUGCCGAGGCAUCCAACUGGGCGGGAAUGACUCAGAAUGUGGUGCCCCAAUUCGGAUCCGGACCAGACGGGCUCAUGGAUGUGCCAAAUCCAUUCGACUUUUCACCUGUCACAUAUUUGGACUCAAUCAUGAACGUUCCCAUGUUUGAUUAUUCGCAGGAAAACGGGUUCCUGUGA